GCCUGCGUAGAACCAAGUUUUUUCACUUUAACCGCUUCCUUUUCCGUUUGGCCCUGAAAAAGACCAAAAUGGUGCAGCGACUAACCUAUCGUCGACGUUUGUCAUACAACACAAAAAGCAACAGGAGACGCGUUGUACGCACUCCUGGUGGAAAAUUAGUAUAUCAAUACCUUAAGAAACCCAAAAAGAUCCCCAGAUGCGGCCAGUGCAAAGACAAGCUCAGAGGUAUCCAGCCUGCCAGGCCUAUGGAGAGGUCACGAAUGUGCAGGCGUAAGAAGACUGUGAAACGUGUAUAUGGUGGAGUUUUGUGUCACAAAUGUGUCAAAGAAAGGAUCGUUCGUGCUUUUCUGAUCGAAGAACAGAAAAUCGUUGUUAAGGUGAUGAAAGCGCAAGCUAUCGCAAAAACGAAGGCGGAGAAGUAAUUUUUUGCUUUUUAUUAAUAAAAAUAAAAUAUCUAUAAAACCACAAAA